UUUAUGUGAUGAAUUCCAGAAUUUCUUAUUCCUGUGUGAUUCGGACUUCGGACUGCUGCGUCAAAUACAUAAUUGCCAAUUAGAGCCAACAGCCACUUAAGCAUCCAGGUGUCACUGCCGUUGUUUCUCCGCCAUACCUCAAAUCAACGGACAUGGUAGCCACCACCAUUGCCACCCAAACUUUUUUGUUGAACCACAAGGCUCAUUCUAUCAUCAUAUAAAGAAGCAUUUCCAUUAGAGUAACCUUCUUCUAUGUCUAUGUUUGCCCAUAAAAUCAAACCCUUUUUCGAUUCUCUCCCACGACGACCUUCACUCCACCAAAUCAAACUAACCCACGCAAACAUCAUAGUUUCAGGCCAAUCCCAGUCCCGUCUCAUCCUCCACAUUCUCUCUCUACUUUCUCUCUCUACAUUCCCUCUCAACUACUCCCUCUCCGUUUUCAACUCAAUCUCUUCCCCAACAGUUUUCGCUUUCAACUCCAUUAUUCGUUGUCACGCCAAAUCAAAUUCACCUCCUUUUAACUCCAUCAAACUUUACUCCUCCAUGCGACAUCGUUUCCUCAAUCCCAAUCAACACACCUUCACUUUCCUCCUUCAUGCAUGCACCAAAGGGAGGACUUUCACGUUCACGUCCAUGACUACUCCUGGUGUUCAGGUUCAUGUUCAUGUGAUCAAGCUCGGUUACGCACGCCAUGUGUUUGUUCGAAAUGCACUCAUUCAUUUUUACUUUGAGGGUUUUUCGACCACUGAGUAUUCCAAAAGGGUUUUUGAUGAAGAUACGGAUACCCUUUGCAGUGAUGUUGUUACGUGGAACUCUAUGUUAGCUGGUUUGGUUAGAAAGGGAGAGGUUGAUAUUGCGGAGAAGAUGUUCGAUGAAAUGCCGGACAGAGAUGUUGUUUCUUGGAGUACUAUGAUAAUGGGGUAUGUUCAAAAUGGGGAUUUGGAAGAUGGGUUGAAGUGUUUUAGGUUAAUGAGGGAGAAAGGGAUAAGGCCCAAUGAGGCUAUUUUGGUUACUGUGCUUUCUGCUUCUGCUCAGAUGGGUUUGUUAGGGUGUGGGAGGUUUAUUCAUUCUGCAAUUGAAUCUUUGAGGUUUCGAAUAAGUGUGCCUAUAGGGACUGCUUUGGUUGAUAUGUAUGCGAAGUGUGGUUGCAUUGAAGAGUCGAGAGCCUUGUUUGAUCGUAUGUUGAAGAAGGAUAUAUGGACUUGGAAUGUUAUGAUUUGUGGGCUGGCUUCACAUGAUUGUGCAAAGGAAGCACUUGAGUUAUUUCAUGAGUUUAUUAGUGAGGGCUUUAGUCCUGUGAAUGUGACUUUUGUUGGGGUUUUAAAUGCUUGUAGUAGGGCGGGUUUUGUUAGUGAGGGAAGGCAUUACUUUAAGUUGAUGGUGGAUGGUUAUGGAAUUCAACCGGAGGUGGAGCACUAUGGGUGCAUGGUUGAUCUUUUGGCUCGUGCGGGAUUGAUAAAUGAAGCGAUACAAUUGAUUGAGACAAUGACUGUUGCACCUGAUCCUGUAAUGUGGGCAACAUUGCUUGAUGCUUGUAAGAUUCAUGGGUUGGUGGAAAUGGGAGAAAUAAUUGGAAAUAAGUUGUUAAAGUUGGAUCCGACGCAUGAUGGUCAUUAUGUGCAAUUAGCUGAAAUCUAUGCAAAAGCAAGAAAAUGGGAAGAUGUCGUUAGAGUUCGAAGGUUAAUGGUUGAGAGAGUUUCCAAUAAAGUUGCGGGUUGGAGCUUAAUUGAAGCGGAAGGUAAAGUUCAUCGCUUUGUUGCAGGAGACAGAGACCAUGACCAUUCUUCAGACAUUUACAGAAUGCUUGAAAUAAUAGGACAGAGGAUAACUGAAGCUAGUUACUCACAAAAACAUCUCACCUGUCUAGCAUGAUAUAGGAGAAGAAGGUGGUCAAUUUCCCAAACAGGGGAAUGAUAGGGAGGAUUUAGUUGCCAAAACAUUCUCACGCACGACCCAUGUGAUCAUUCAAGAUAUUGUUCUAUUUAACAGUCAAUUAGGUUUCCCAAGGAAGGGAUUUAUUGGGAGGGAUUGUUCACCAAAACUUUUUUAGUCAAGAGUCAUAAGAUAUAAAUUAAGUUAUCUGGAAUCUAUGCAAAAGGAAGAAAAUAGGAAAAUGUGGUUAGAGUUCGAAGGUUAAUGGUUGAGAGAGUUGCCAAUAAAGUUGGGGGUUGGAGCUUGAUUGAAGCAGAGAGUAGAGUUCAUCGGAGACUAGAGUUCAUUGCUUUGUUGCAGGAGACAGAGACCAUGACCAUUCUUCAGACAUUUACAGAAUGCUAGAAAUAAUAGGACUGAGUAUAACUGAAGCUGGUUACUCACAAAAACAGCUCAACUGCGUAGCAUGAUAUAGGAGAAGAAGGGGGUUGGUUUUCCAAGCAACAGAAUGAUAAGGAGGGUUUAGUUACCAAAACAUUUUCACGCAUAUCCUGUGAGAUAUCAUUCAAGAUGUAGUUCUAUUUGACAAUCAUGUCGGUAGGAUUUUCAUCCGGAUGGAAGGUCCUUGGCGCUCUUGGAAGAAAGGGAUAAAUUUUCCAUAACAUCUUACUCAGUCAAUCAAGUCUCCCAAGCAAGGGAUUUUUUGGGAGGGAUUAAAUUCACCAAAUUGUUUCAGUCAAGACACCUAAGAUAGAAAUUACCAAGGUUUUAAAUAACGGGUGCGGUCGCGUGAAGGCUUUCGCGAUUUCGGUCGAUACAGGUGUUACGAUACUAAUUGCGGUCGUUACGUUGUGAAUUUACCACAAUUUGUUCUUUAUCACAAAACGGUGAAUAACAAUAUAUGUAUCGGCACCUUCCGAUACCGUUUUGUCUCGGUUGUUUUUGCGGCAACGGACCGUUUUUUAAAAUCUUGAAAUUUCGCUAGUGGUAUUUAACAACUCUGCCAGUAGAGUUUUCAUCUGAAUGGACGGUGUAUGGUGCUCCUGGAUUUUGUGUUUUUCUUAGAGGGGAAAUAGAGUUUUAUUUGACUUGGGGCUUCUUGCGUACACCAUAAUCAUGUUCAGAGCAUUUGUUGAUCAGCAAAUGCAAUUGAAAAAUGUUUGUAUAGGAUAAUCAUGAGGGAUAUUGAUUUAGGCUUAUCGCUGAAGGUUGGAACAUUGUGAUUCAAGCUGAAGGUUGGAACAUUGUGAUUCAAAAAUUAACAUUCUAAAGAUUUGGUUUGCUUACUGAUUGGUGAUGUUCAAUUCUUCAUAUCAUCAAAACUAGUUCAUUGGAAUUUGAAGAUACAUUUUUUCUUCCUCUAGGUUUUAAUCUUUCCAAGCCAUUUCUGUUUAUGUGUUGCUGAUAUGCUUCAAAAUAAUCUGCAUCGAAGCUGGUCAUAAUCUGGUUGAUAACUUUCGGGUUUGGAAGCUGAGUUGUAUUCUAAAUGUAAAGUUGCUUUCUGGAGUUCUCAGCUGUACCAUUGCGGUUUUUUGGCAUUUUUGUGUGGAGUAGCAUAAUCUUGUUGUGUGUAUAAACCUAUUUUGGGCGGUGUUCUUAGAGACAUCUUGUGCUUAGGUUCUUUCCAUUCUAUUCAAAAUUAUCAUUGCUUAUAAAAAAAAUCAUGAUUUCGUUGGCAUCGGGUUGUGGCGCUGUGUGUAAUGUUUAUGUGGUGAACUUGUAGUCAUUUUUCUGCUCAGAUAAUCUUGUAGAUCCAUGAUGUGGUGAACAUGUAGUAAUUUUUCUGUUCAGACGACCAUUGGUCAAGAUCACUUGGGCUACGAAGCAUAGCAGCAAACCAAUGAUUCUUCCUCUUUAUCUCACAGUUCAUGGAUUUAAGUGUCUCUGUCUAUGUGUUUGAUGAUUCAGAUGUUUAUAAUUGAUUGCAGGUGGUAUAAUAAUGUGUUUUGGCCAACCAAGUUGGUGAAGGUUGUGUUGUCCAUAGUUUUCAUCAAGAGGACGGUGACAUGAUAUCAUUUUCGUGAUGUUUUUUUGGAGAGAAAAUAAACACGUAUAAUUUUUAUAUUGGACAACAGUACCAACAAUAGUUAUUUUACUGUAUCUAAGUUUUGUACGAUUACUAUUUAACAGUGUUUGGAGCAAUAAGAAUGUGAACUCCAUUGCAGACCUCACACCCACACGGUUCAGAGAG